AUGGCACAGCGGCUGUUGAAGCAAGCUCCAACAUGGCGGUCCUUGCACGUGGCCAGCCUUUGGGCAAAGCAUAGGAGCAGACCACUCUCGUGGCUCCAACUGCGAAGUUGUGGGAGCGAAAGCGAGAUGGCGGGCGUUCACAAAAGCCCAAUUGUCCAGCUCCUGUGGAAAGAGAGGGCGAAUUUACAGCGAGUCACUGCAGACGGAGGCCAGAUGCAGGAGAAGCUCUUGACCAAGACGGCCAGAGAUUCCCGCGUUGCUGUUUCCUACAACUUCAAAGAUGAUUCGCUUUUGAAGGAGCAGUACGCCAACUUCAACGGCUUGAUACAAUUUAGUAAACUUUUCGAGGAUCUGGAUGCUUUAGCCGGCAACGUUGCGUUCAAGCAUUGUGAUGACGACGACCCGGAGACAAGAAUGCCGCAUUUGGUAACAGCCUCUGUCGAUCGGAUCCGUCUGGCACCUUCUAUUGCCAUUACGUUGGACCAGAAUUACGAGAUGUCUGGCCAGGUCUCGUGGGUGGGCAGUUCAUCGCUGAUCAUCCACAUGAAGCUGACGCGUGAAGCUGAUGCUGUCGACGUCCUGGUGGCCAACUUCACCUUUGUGGCGCGGGACAUCAUGUCCGGGAAGAGCUGCAAAGUGAACCGCCUGGAACCAGAAACUCAGGAGGAGAAGAGACUCUUCCAGCUUGCCGAUGACAAAAACACAGCCAGGAGACUGGCUCGUGCAGCUGGGAAGGCUGCUGCAGGUACGGAGGUGGACGCAACCCAAGCGGCAUUGGCCAAGGAGCUGCUGGAUCAGGGGCGGCUGCUUCAGGACAUGCCUGGACUUGCAGUGGGCGAUGCUGUCCUCAUUCACCAGACACAGCGGGAGACCAUGAUCAUCUGCCAGCCACAGCAGCGCAACACCGCUGGACGCAUGUUCGGUGGUUACCUUAUGAGGUGUGCCUAUCGCUGUGCAUUUCCAACGGCGUACAUGUUUGCCGGGUCGUUCCCUCACUUCGUGGAGGUGGAUGAGGUCAGCUUCAUUCAUCCUGUUGAAGUUGGAGAUAUCUGUGAGUUCAACGGACGGGUCAUGCUGACGUACACGAAGGUGAGGCCGAUCCUGCAUGUGGAGGUCACGGCAUCUGUGCUGAAGCCUGACCAGAAAUCUAGUUUGGUCACCAAUGUCUUCAACUUCGUCUUCGAGUUAAGGCCGAAGCCUGGACAAGCUCUUCCGGUCAUCAAGCGGGUUUUCCCGGCAACGAACACGAUUGCCCAGAGAGUGGUCGCCAUUAUGGCGCGGCACGUCUUGGACGUCUUCAAAAUUGGGCAGGCUCGUGUCGUGGUGGUAGCCAACGAGAGCCGGAACCGAGCAAACCAGGUGGCUACUGCCAUCCGUUCCAAAUUUCCAGAGCUGCCGAUGAUCGUCAGAGCAAAGGACUCUGAGCACAAGCAGUGGCUGGAAAGCACGCUGGGCGUCAAGGCCCUGAUGCCAGCCAUGAUCGCCGUGCGAUUCGGCACCGAAGUCAUGCAGCUGCUCGGCUACCCCGAGGAUGAGGUGAAGGCUCUGCUGCAGGCACGGAGCUCCAAACAUCUGCUCCGUGUGUUGUAA